AUGUCGUCAACCAAGAGCAAACCACCAAAGCACCGUCAUGACCUCGCGGAUGGCCACCCGAGGCAACCGGGCGCUUCCGAGAAAGCUGAUGCUUCCGAGAGUGACGGCGACUUUGACAAGGCAGCUGCGCUUGAGCUGAUCAAGGCUCAUCACUCCGAAGUUGACAGGCGGCGGAGCGGAGUUGAGACGAGCCGUCUCGGGGCUGAAAAUGGCUCUCUCGGCUUGCCCCUGGACCUUGACACUACCGGCGCCGAAAAGCGAGUGCCGGUGCCGAGUAAAGAGGAAUACGACCAACUGCGAAAACACGUCUUCGACACAGAGCAAGAACUAUCGUUUGAUGCCCGGUGCCGCUCUCGCGCCACUAAACAGGAACUGCGUGUUGAUGCCAUGAUUCGAAAGAUACGGGAGCAAGACGACAGAGAAAUCUACGCCUCGGAGCCUAAGCGAAGGGGUUAUCAAGGCCAGAUGCACGAGCGCUUCGCAGGCGAUCACUUCCUCAGCAACGUGGACAUCAUCAACAAGACAAAACUGUUCGGGAUUGCCUCCAAGAUGCCAAAGGGUGCCCACCUGCACAUCCACUUCAACGCCUGCUUGCCACCCAACGUGCUGCUCGGCAUUGCAAAUGGCAUGGAUCGCAUGUUCGUUUCAAGUACUCUUCCCCUUAUCCAUAAGGCUGGGGGCGAGGAUGGGUACGACAAUUUUAACAAGUGCGAGAUACAGUUUUCCAUUAUGAAUGAAGAAAGGGUGAAGAAUAAGCUAGGCGAUCCAUUUUCCGCCAACUAUAUCGCUGGCCAUAUGAUGAAGUUUUCAGACUUUAGACGCCAGUUCUCAAGCCAUUAUAACAAGGACACUGUCACUGUGGAUGAGUGGUUGCUGCAUAAGCUCAUGUUCGAGGAGCAGGAGACUCACAAUCCCUUCCAGACAGCCAAUGGUGCUUGGGAAAAGUUCAACGGUAGAACACGCAUGAUGAAGGGUCUUUUCAACUAUGAGACAGCGUAUCGCGCUUAUACAUAUCAGUGCCUCGAAGAUUUCGUCCGGGAUAAUAUCCAAUACGCCGAGAUUCGGCCCAAUUUUAUGAGCACCAAUCAGCUCUACACCGACGACGGCAAUGGUACCAUCAACAACGAGGGCAUCAUGAAAAUCAUCAUUGACGAGGUUGAGCGAUUCCAGGAAGACACAAAGAAAAGGGGCCAGUUCUUUGGAGGGCUCAAGGUUAUAUACUGCACACCGCGGUCAAUGGAUCGGGAAAGAGUAAAAGUUGCCCUUAUUGAGUGCAUGGAAUUCAAGAAGAAGUGGCCACAGUGGAUCGCAGGCUUUGACCUUGUCGGCGAAGAGGCGAAGGGCUAUCCGAUCAAGGAAUUUGUUCCCGAGCUGCUAGAGUUCAAAAGGGAGUGCGCUGCGCAGAACCUCGAUAUCCCAUUCCUCUUUCACUGUGGCGAGACGCUGGACAUGGGCACUAACACGGAUGGCAAUCUGGUUGACGCCCUACUGCUUGGAUCGAAGCGCAUCGGCCAUGGCUUCGCUCUGGCAAAGCACCCCUACGUUAUGCAGCAAAUGAAGGCCAAGGGAAUAUGCCUGGAACUAUGCCCGAUUUCCAACGAGAUCCUGGGGCUUACACCGCGAGUGGGUGGGCAUGCCAUGUAUCAGUUGCUGGCGAACAACGUGCACUGCACCGUCAGCUCUGAUAACGGGGCGCUUUUCAGGUCCUCGUUGUCACACGACUUCUACCAAGUCAUGGUGGGCAAGGCAGACAUGGGGCUGUUUGGAUGGAAGCAGCUUGCCAUGUGGAGCAUCGACCACGCGUGUUUAAACGAAAAAGAGAGGGAAAAUAUGAGGUACGAGUGGAACCAACAGUGGAAUGAGUUCCUCGACUGGGUAGACACAACACACGGUGACCUUGUCAAGGACGUGGCCAAGAUUUGA